AUGUUUACUCAACCUUCAUUCAUCGAUCUUUUCUUGGAGCGAGGAAUUCGCGACACUCUUUUGGCGCAUUCCGCAAAGGAAGAUAUACUGUCGCUACGAUUGGUUUGCCAGGAAUUGAGCAUCCAAACGGCAUCAACUUUGUUCCGCGAUGUCGAGAUUGAAUUCCGGAGCAGCACCUUUACGCGGCCAGCGCGAAUGGCAGCAUUGGAGCGCAUCGGCGGGUUUAUCGACACGCUCACCUUUCGGCUACCCCAUCUAGCAGAAACGUUUCUGCCGCCAUUACUUGACCCAUUUACCGGAGAAGAGCAAAUCUUUGUCUAUACUCCCCAGAUCCAUGCAUCCCAAUGGUCAGGCUCGAGGCUCAGUAUCCCCAAAUAUGGGUCCUGGGAGAUGACAGACCUUUUGACAAAACAAUACCCACCUUUGUUCCAUGCUGCGACAAAUAUACCGUCCUUUGUCCGUGCUUUCACAGCUAUGCCUUCCAUUUCACACUUGAUAAUCUCCUGCGAAGGUCAAGUUUCCGGCCAUCGCUACCGGCGUAGCGUCGUUGACUACGCUCUCGUAUCUCUCCGCAUAGCCGUUGAGCAAGCGCCACUCAAGGAACUCAAGACACUGUCUUUACUUCCAAUUUAUCCAGGAGCCCUCCUCUAUCUUCGCCACAUGGUUGGCUUUGGCACAUCCCCGGCCGCCCGCAAACGAUGGGUGCAAAUACGAAAUUUGAGCAUCCAUAUGGACAGCUUUCCCUUUGGAUGUGGCGAGCGUACCGAUCAUUUGAAACUUCUACAUUCUUACCUCGAAGGGUUUCCCUCUCUGCGAGAGCUGACCUUCCGUUGGCGUGGAAAAAAGGGCCCUUGUCCGCUCACGUUAUCGACGGAGCCAUGCAUGCGGCCUUCCUCAAAUCGCCUCCCGCUCCGCCCCCACACUCCCGAGUCUCCAAAAUCUCCGAAGACAAAGCUACGGCCUCUUAGAUUCCCAUUCUUACGGCAUAUGGAACUCGAGAAUGCGACCCUCGAUGCAUCUCAAGUUUCCUCUUUCAUUCUCGCUCACCGGCGCUCAGUCCGAGAAUUCAAUUUUGAAGAAACCACCCUCCGCAGCGGAACUUGGGACGAAGCCCUGGCACCCCUCACCCGGAAGUCCACCGGCAGUCCACGCCGCAAACACAGACCACCGCCGGUGGAAGUCAUGGACGUGCCUAUCAUGCUUAGUCCGAUCGGGAUGGACGCGAGCCAGCUACAAAAGGUGAUUAUGGCGGAAACAAAACGAAAGGAUGUUUCCAGGCAUUUCCGAGCAUAUGCCAAUUUCCAGCGGGCCACGUCGAGGACCCGUGGGCUGCUGUUAUGUGGACCGGAUCAUAUGAAGCGCUUCCUUCGAUCUUCGGUGUUUAGCUGGCGAUGA